CAAACCGGAGUGACUCAGAGAGUCAGAGUCGCUACUCACCAGAAAGUCAGAAACAGAAUUUCCCCCCCUCUCUCUCUCUCUCUCUGUGUUUCUCUCUCAAGAUGGCUACCGGCUUUGCGCGGAUUCUCAUCACGGCACUGCUACUCCUCGCCGCCAACGCCGCCGUCGCGGUUACUCCUCCAUCCACACCGCUGGCGGAUGACUGCGUCACCGACCUGGUGGCUUUCUCGCCGUGCUUCGGCUUCGUUUCCGCGCCGCCGAACAGAGUCCGCCACCGACUCUCCUCGAAGUGCUGCAACGUCGUCCUGGAGUCGUUCGGUACCGGCGGCAGCAACUGCUACUGUCACCUGGUGAAGCAGCCGCUGCUGUUUGGAUUCCCGUUGAACCGAACCAGGAUCGCGUCCCUCCCUGCUCUCUGCUCCAGGCGUCGCGCGAACGCGAGCUCCGCCGCCGUGGCGAACCUAGACUCUUCUCUGGAGUCGAUCUGUUCAGCUUUGCCACCUGUUCCCAGCUCGCAAGGUUCACUAGGAACGCCGAGAUCAUCUGAUUCCGGUUAUGAUAAUGAUACAUCUGCUGCGUCAAGUCCACCCACUGAAUCUGCUCGAGUUCCUAUUGUAUCUGUUCUUCACAAUGUGACACAUCCUCCAAUGGCGCCACCUGCUCCACCAAUGGCCCAACCUGCUCAAUCUGGCAAACGUCCCCCUCCAUCAUCCACUGCAGCUAGUCCUCCUCCAGUCCUGGCUACAGAUUGUUCAACAGAACCGGAUUAUUCAAUGGCUGCAGAUGUUGGCUCCAGCAAGACUUGGUUUCUCCAGGUAGCAGCAGCCCUUCUGAUUCUACUAUCACUCAUCUAAUGCUCUACCAGAUGAGUUUAUCCCGUCUGUUUCUUGACAUUUGGUGCCACUUUGUUGACAUGUAAUCUCUGCAGUGCAUAGCUACUACUUCCUGUUGUUUCAUUUCCUGAUCAUUGCAUAUAUCAUGAGGCUGAACAAGUACUAUGCCAAUGAAUUUUGCAUCAUCUGUAUGUUUCACAUACUCUUUUGCUAAUAAAGGUCUGGACAUUCU